AUGACUGCCAAUCUAUUCAAAACUUUUUCAAACCUUGAUCAUAAACGUGCCUCUUCAUCCACAAGUAAUGUACGUAAUAAUACAAAUACUAACAUUGAUGGUGAUGAAUCGUUUGAAGAAGAAUCAGCUGAUGAAUCACUUAGUGAUAGUUCCUGCGAAUUCAUAAACGAAAACGCAAACUAUGACACAACUUCAAGUGUUGAUGAUCAAGAAGAUUAUGACACAAAUUCCACACUGUUGAAUUGUCCCAAUACUGUUCAUGGAAGUUUUUUGAAACAUUCCACUACUAAUUGUUUUAUAAUAAAAUGCAGUAACAAUACCAAUAUAAAUCCAGAGACGGUUAGCAGAUUGAAACUUAUGCUGGAUGAGUUCAACACACACGCUAAAUCUUUUAGAAUGGCAGUAGCUAGAUUGAAGGAUUGUCCUGUACUUGAUCUCGAAUUGAAGUUGAUAGCUGAUAGAUCAAAAGAUGGAAGAAUAUACAACCAAGCGACUAUUUCUGAGGUUGCUGCACUUAUCAUUGGUGAUGUUGAUACAAGUUCUAAAAGGGAUAUUAUUCUUGAGAGACGGAGCGGAAGGCUAAAAAGAAUAAGUGAGUUUCAUCCAAGUUAUCUUGCAUUACAGUAUCCACUAUUGUUUCCAUAUGGAGAAGAUGGUUUUAGACUUGGUGUGCUACACAAGGAAACAAAUGGAAAGAAGUUUAAGAAAAAUAAGUUUACCAUUAGAGAAUGGCUUACUUUUAGAAUUCAAACUUUAGAAUUCAAACUAGACAUCUUGAAGCCCAUACACUUUUGA